AGAGAGGUGCUUUGCCGUAGCUGCUGCGGCUUCUUGUUGGGUGCAGGAGUCAGUCGUCCGGCGGAUGCCAAGACAUACGCGUCUAACGGCAGUUUUUCCUAACCUACCUACACACCUCACCACCUCUUACGGUGCCUGCAGUGCUCUAAAGCUUCGUGAAUUGCACCUCUCGUCCUCCAGAUCAACGCUAAGUUGAAGGACCAUUUGGAUAAAGUUAAUUUGACAACCGCUAGGCCUAAUUUUGUUCUUCAUUAAUAGUAUGCGAGACAGCUAGCAUGGCAAAGUGGAAAAUCGAUUUUACGCCUUACCUGGUUUCCAUCGUUCUAUUGACAGUUAUUCCCGGUUUAGUAGCCGCUGAUCAGAAUUUAGUUACGCAAACUGUUUAUGGAUUUUUGGACUUCACAACAACGAUCGGCAACACGGUUAUGGUAUUUUCUCCUCAAAGCGCUGAUUCCGCAGCAAGCGAAAAGAGCAAACCUUCGGAACCGAACGUAAACACCGUCAUAGAGACAAAGCCCAUCGCAUCGACCCCACCGGAAUCAUCACCCGUAAUAACACCGAGUAAAACAGAAGAAAAAGAGGAAAAGAAGUCAUCCGAAUUCAAUAAAAAGAAAUCGACUGUAGUCGAUGCGAAAUCGAACGCACCUGCUCACAGCAAGAGCGAACCAAAAAGUAAGGUGAACGUUGUUCACAAAGCGUCGUCGAGUGUUGUAAGUGCAGUCAAUAUUGUUAACGCUGUUACUACAAGUCCGCCCGAAAAGAAAAGCGUUAUUACUAAAGUCGAAGUGGUUGGAGCAGCCACCACUACGCCUUUAAUAGUUUCGAGUAAAGUAGAAAUACAGGGUCCUACCAGCCAUGUGGUUGCAACCCCUGUAAUUGGCGACGAAAGCGAAACUUCUUCAGACAACGAGAAAGAAAAUGAAGAUGAUGAUAAUGAUGAUGAUGAUGAUGACGAUGAGCCAGCGGUUAUUCUCCAGAACAACAUCGGAGAACCCGAAUACGACUUUCUUUCAAGACAACCGUCUGAAUUUGUUGAAGAAACUUACAAGGUAAUAAAUUUGAAGCCCAGCAGUAAAUUUCAAUUAAAACAUCGGCCAUCUGGAGAAGCCAAAACAAAACAGGCCAGCCAACCGAAAAAAACUAGUGCGUCAAUUCGUCCAACAGGUUUAGUAACAAAAUUGGGAGGAACUGUAGUAAAAGACGGUGUAACAACUGUACAUGAAACGAGUGUAAUUGGCACGUACAUAUCCGGAAAAUAUGCCCAGGUGUUACAAAGUUCAUCGUCGGUUGUCAAUGGAAAACAGCCGAAAGGGAAAAUCAACCCAUCCCCUACCCUAAAGAUUCUUAAGACCGCUGCAGCCAGUCUAGGGAAGGGAAACAAACAACAGCAAUUAGAACCAACCCCAGUGGUUAGUGUCGAAACUGCUCUGCCCGUAGAGGGAUUAUUCAACGGACAGAAUUCAAUUAGACAGACGAGAAAGACGCCGGCAAGUUCCACGAAAUCCCGUUUCAAGAAUCGCCCCAAAGAAAAAGACGCCGAGCCAAAAGAAACUGUAACACCGCAACCUCCGAAAGGCAAAAAAACGAAACCUAGAACUACUCCCGCGCCAAAAGGCACAAAAACAACAGGCCACAAAAGUAACAACAACAACAACAACAACAACAAUAACAACAGCAAACGUAGUAAAAAAAAUCGCCGAGCGCGAAACCAACAACAUGCUACUGUAUCUGUACACAGCGAACAAACCACGCACACACCUUCAACUACAGCAUCUUCUGGUGGUAGGAAAUAUCAAUCGAGGAAGAACAAACCUUCCAGGAUUUCAACGACGACGCCCACAACAGAGACCACAAGCAGUGGUUUCUCCAGACGCGGUUUCAAACCUAAAAUCCAACCAUCAUCUGUUGAACCUCAGUCAGGAUCUCCUCCGUCUAGCGUUUACAAAUUUAAACUGAAUAGAGCUCCAGGUCGUUGGCAAUACAAAACAACAGCUAAACCAAGAGUGACAAUUAGAAAACAAAACGACGACACCCAGACUAAUGGUUCAACUACCGAAAAAUCUCCACAAGAUCCGAACGUUAAUGCUAACGAUGUGAAUCCGAGUGGCAAGGCGGACGAAGUGGACAGUUUGGAAGGGUCAGAAUCCGUCGCUUCCAUCAUUGAUGAUGAAAAUUCAACAGAAAACAAGAUCGACAGCCCAUUGCCUGUCGAAACCAUAAAAGUCGAGAUUUCUACUCCGCCAGAUUUUAAGGACACUUACUAUGAAAUAGCUACAAUAAAAUCGCCAUACAUUUUUCAAGCUGGUGGUCUCAAAAAUACACGUUAUAUUACCGUGACGUCUACUUUUGAGAAACUAUUGGAACCUACGCCAACAGAAGCUCCAUCGCUAACAGCUACAGAACCUCUUACAGAAAACAUCCUUGCAACUACGAGUUAUAAUGACAAGGACGGAAAUUUCUUGGAUUCCAGCAUAGCGACUUUGCCGCCACUCUAUGUGGCAUCUGAUAUGGAAACUCCUCCAUUAGAAACUAAAACAGAAACCUUUAGCACCACGCAGACGAUGCUAAAAACUCACAUUUUGCCAGCAGUUCGUGAAGGGAAUCAAACAUCCACAUACACGCUCAUUCAAACGUAUUUGAUAACGAGAAUUGUGACCGCCACAAAAACACUACCCCCAAUGGAAGCCUACCACUUCAAUCCAAGCAGAACCCUUAACGAAUUUAACAGUCAUUUGGAUGAAGCUGGAUCAGAAUUGAAUCUCGAUAUUGCGUUCGGUGAUGAAGAAAGCGAAAACAGUCUGAGAAAGUCUUUCCAAGGUGACUUGGACCUUGCCAAUGUGGGAUCCGAUUUUAGUCUGUCCGAUAUAGAUAAAGCUAAACUGAUGGAAGCUCAUCUUCGUGCUAAAAAAUUGAAGUCUGCAACACCCAAACCUGAAGUAAACUUGGUACCAACACCGAAUCCAGCUCUAAAUCCUGAUCAACUUCAGCAGCUAGCUCUGCUUAGGUUCCUGAAUCCUGCCGCAGCGGUUCCCCAGGGACAAAUAAUAACCACUUCGAAACCUGUCAUUAAACUGGAAACGGUUUAUGAAUCCCAUGUAAUUCCUAUCUUCAAUGGCCAGAGUACCAUCCUGACGACCGUUUCAAAGGUUCUUGGAACUGUAACAAGAACCGACUACGAACUAGGAACAAGCACUAUAGCUGCCCCGGUGGUUCCCGCUUUACCUACAAUCGCGCCUGUCAACCCACUAUUCCCACAACAGCAACAACCCCAAUUUACAGUAACAUCGUCUCCAAUAGUUCAAAAUACCGUACUGACGCAAACUGACAGUAAGGUCCUGAAGUUGACUUUCGGUGCGAAAACGGCAUACACGACAAUAUUUUCAACAAAGAUUGUACCAACGAUGGUCACGACUUAUAUGACAGCAUCUGUGCCUGUUCAACCCACGGCAGCAUUUCCUGGCUUCUUCCCAGCACCCUACCCGCCAUUUCCCUAUUUAGGGUAAAGUCAACGCGAGAAUGAAGCAAUGAAUCGCUUCUACAGACUGUAUUGUAAAUAUAAGUGAUUCUUAGUGGUGCUGAAAGACAUGUAAAGUGUGAAAAACUUUCCCUACAUGAAACCAAUUAAACCAUCAAUUGUAAAUAAGCAUUAGUGUUGUAUGUCGCCGUAGUAUUUAAUGUAAUUUCACCUUGUAAUAUAGCUCAUCUUUUGUAUAUUUACCUCACACAAUAAAUCAUCAUUAAUACAAAAGGUA